AUGACGAACGAGGUAAUGAAAAAUGAAACGGAGACAAGCCCCGAACACGAACCGGAACCGAACUACGAGCCAAAUCCCGAACUGGCAGCACCAGAAACGACAGCGGACAAUGGCGUAUUUGUAGAGCCGCAAGUCGACUUGGCUUCAGUGAGCGGGAUUUGGAAGAUUGCAUUUAAAACACACUGGAUAUUUUUUUCCACUUGCUUUGGCGCUCUGUUUCUUUACAACGCGUACCAGUUAUACAAGGUAUAUCGAAUGAGGAACAUGCCAAAUCGACGCUACGCAGCAACAGUUCAAAUUCUCGUGAACGUUCUUGCAUUAACUAGGUUAUUAGCUUUGAGCAUUGCGCCUUACGAGCUCGUAAACAAUCCACCAGAGCGCAUUCCAGUCGUCGUUACUCGGCUACUGUUUUCAUUUGGAUACCCAUGCCUUUUUUCUGGCUUUGUUUUUGUCCACAAGAUUUUCAUGCUUCUCAGCAAAUUCCAGGUGAUGGCGACGAAUGCUAUUGGCAUUAAACUAAUAGCACUCGUUCUUGCUGUCCAUUAUGUUGCUGUUGUAGCUUCGGAGUUAGCGACCACCUACAUGAAAGGCGCAAGGUUUUUGCUAGUAUUUUGUGCACUUUACUAUAUGAUUGGCUGUUUGGGAAUAUCCGCAAGCUUGUUGUUCAGUGGAAGAAGAGUCGUGCAAAAAAUGCUAAAGAUCGAAGCAAAUCUUGUCAAGUUUCAAAACAACAACAACACGGAAGUGAUGGAUAAAACAAAUCAGAAACGAGCUAAUGCAAGUGCGAAAGUCAUUCGAAUCACACUUCUUGCCGCAGUUUUCGGCGUUUUAUGUGCACUCCUCUACAUUUAUACACUGCUUGUGAUAAUUCGUGGUUUAUCCAACAAGAGCUUCGCACCCAAUGCCUGGACCUGGUUAGUUGUGAAUACUUUUCUGAGGUUGUUCGAAUUAUGUUUGGCAGCAACGAUGAGUUACGCCGUUGGGUCGAUUUAUCAACGAAGUAGUCUGAACAGGGUACAGCCUUCUCAAAACAGCAAAGGGUCACGAACUGGACACACAUUAUAAAAACUAUAAUUUAAGACUACUACAGUGUAUAUAUGUCAUAUUCUAUUAAGCUCUAUAAAUCUAAUAAAAGUCCUUGCUUCGCCAGUUUAA